AUGUUCUUUAAUAAGCUUAAGGAUACUAUCGAAAGCUUCAAGAUUACCGUAUCUGGCUAUUGGAAUGUAGACGAGACUAGGUAUAUACUUGUAAUGUUAAAUGGGCGGUUUGAGAUCUUAAUAGUCAAGACGGAUAAGAAGAAGAAGGUUAAGAUUCUAGACCUUUAUAAUCGAGAGUUGAUAAGUAUAAUUGGUGCCGGAAAUGCUAUUAGUAAUACUAUCCUAGUAUUCUAUAUCUUUAAAUAG